GCUGGAGGGAUGGACAGGAUGGAUCCCGGGCUGAGAAGGUGCCUUUUCUGUUUGGCUGUGAUGAGUGCUCUGGUGGCUGUAGGGAGGACAGAAGGACCCAGAGAACAGGACUGGCUUGGUGUCUCAAGGGAAUUUAGAACUAAAACCUGGAAUAGACAGCUGUAUCCAGAGUGGACAGAAGUCGAAGGACUUGACUGCUGGAAAGGUGGUCAAGUAUCCCUGGAGGUCAGUAAUGAUGGGCCUACUCUGAUUGGUGCAAAUGCUUCCUUCUCUAUUUCUCUGCACUUCCCUGGAAGCCAAAAAGUACUGCCAAAUGGAGAGGUAAUCUGGGCCAACAACACCAUCAUCAAUGGAAGCCAAGCAUGGGGCGGACAGCCAGUGUAUCCCCAAGAACCUGAUGAUACCUGCAUUUUCCCUGAUGGUGGGCCCUGUCCAUCUGGCUCUUGGUCUCAGAGGAGAAGUUUUAUUUAUGUCUGGAAGACCUGGGGCCAAUACUGGCAAGUUCUAGGGGGCCCAGCAUCCGGGCUGAGCAUUGGAACAGGCAGGGCAAUGCUGGGCACACAUACCAUGGAAGUGACUGUCUACCACCACCGGGGAUCCCGGAGCUACAUACCCCUUGCUCACUCCAGCUCAGCCUUCACCAUUACUGACCAGGUGCCUUUCUCCGUGAGUGUGUCCCAGCUACAGGCCCUGGAUGGAGGGAACAAGCACUUCCUGAAAAAUCAACCUCUGACUUUUGCCCUUACGCUCCAUGACCCCAGUGGCUAUUUGGCUGGGGCUGACCUCUCCUAUACCUGGGACUUUGGAGACAGUACUGGGACCCUGAUCUCUCGGGCACUUGUGGUCACUCACACUUACCUGAAGUCUGGUCUAGUUACUGCCCAGGUGGUCUUGCAGGCUGCCAUUCCACUCACCUCCUGCAGCUCCUCACCAGUUCCAAGCACUACCAAUGGGCACAUGCCAACAGCAGAGGCCCUGGGCACCACAGCUAGUCAAAUGCCUACUGCAGAAGUUGUAGAUACUACACCUGGCCAGGUGGCAACUACAGAGCCUCUUGGAACCACAGCUGUGCAGAUGCUAAGCACAGAAGUCAUAGGGACUACCCCUAUGCAGGUGCCAACUGCUGAGGGCACAGGUACAACACUUGAGCAGGUACCAACCUCAAAGGUCGGAGGUACCACAUUUGCAGAGAUGUCAACUACAGAACCUAUAGGCACAGCACCUGCAGAGAUAUCUACUGCAGAGCCCUCUGGAACCACAGACGCACAGGUAACAACUACAGAGUUGGUAGAGACUGCAGCUGGAGAGUUACCCACCCCUGACCUUGAGGAUCCAGGUGCCAACUCAAUCAUGCCUACAGAACGUAUUACAGGUUCCCUGAGCCCCCUGCUGGAUGGUACAGUCACCUUAAGGCUGGUGAAGAGACAAGUCCCACUGGAUUGUGUUCUGUAUCGAUAUGGUUCCUUUUCCCUCACUCUGGACAUUGUCCAGGGUAUUGAAAAUGCCGAGAUCCUGCAGGCUGUGCCCUCCAGUGAAGGGGAUGCAUUUGACCUUACUGUGUCCUGCCAAGGCGGGCUGCCCAAGGAAGCCUGUAUGGACAUCUCAUCACCAGGGUGCCAGCCUCCUGCCCAGCGGCUGUGCCAGCCUGUACCACCCAGCCCAGCCUGCCAACUGGUUCUGCACCAAGUACUAAAGGGUGGUUCGGGGACCUACUGCCUCAAUGUGUCUUUGGCUGAUGCCAAUAGCUUGGCAAUGGUCAGCACCCAGCUUGUCAUGCCAGAGCAAGAAGCAAGCCUUGGGCAGGCUCCCCUGUUUGUGGGCAUCUUGCUGGCGUUGAUGGCUGUGGUGCUUGCAUCUCUAUUAUAUAGGCGCAGACUUAUAAACCAGGGCUCAGCUUUCCCCAUUCCCCAGCUGCCUCGCAGUAGCACCCACUGGCUGCGUCUGCCCAGGGUCUUUCGCACUUGCCCCAUUGGUGAGAAUAGCCCACUCCUCAGUGGGCAGCAGGUCUGA